AUGGGUUCCGAUACGGACAGCGACCGGUCGUAUCUGGACUCAGAAGAGCGAGCAAUCUUCGAGGCCUCUCUAAAGAAGAGGCGCAUCAUUCAUAGAAGAGCGCUAUCGCCAAGAGUGGUGAUGAAACCCAUUGAUGUUUCACCGGGAACGUUGGCAGCCUACAAAGGCAAGCCACCCUCUGCUCUAGCGGAAACAGAGGAGGACCAACCUUCGGGCCUGCCGGCACCCGCCGACCCGAUGGUGGUGGUUAUCUCCUCUCCAGAGCCAUCUCUAAUGAUGGAAGGGGAGAAACCGGAGGCGAGUGCGGCGAGAAAGAGGACCGCACCCGUAACACCACCAAUCCCGUCACCACGCAGGGUUGCGUCACCCGAAACGACGGCUGCUGCCGUCCGCCCGGGAGCCCUCAACGUGACGUCGGAGGGAGCCAGCCAGCAGCUGGAGAAACUGUUGGCGAAGCUGGACCAACUGACGGAGCGGUUGGAAGCAAGUGAGCGGGAGAACCAGGCUCUGAGACGAGAGCUGGAGUUGUACCGGAUGGGGACACGGACGGUGUUGGAGUUGCACUCCUCCGCGGUGGGUACGGGCUUGGGAAACCAAGCGGUAUCCCAGCCCGGACCCAGCAAGAGGACCGCGAGGCGGUCCGAGCAACGCGCGCGGGCGGAGGCCCGAAAAACAUCAGCACACGGUCCUGCCCACCAGCGACUGCUGGAACUGCAGGACACUAUGCGCGCGGAAAUCAUGGAGGAAGGGCAAAGACAGCAGCGGUUCGGUGGCCAAGAGAGUCGGUCACAACAGGACCAGCUCCAGUCGGCCGAUCGAAGGAAGCAGCCCAGGGCCUCUUAUAGAGAUGCCUUAACCACUGGGUGGCAGGUGGUGGGCGAGAGGCGCAAUCGAGGUGCGCCCAAACCACCACCGCAACAACAGCAGCGGCCGCAGCCGCCACGGGCACCACAACGCGCUGCCCAACCCACCCCUAGGGCCACAAGGCGUCGACCAGACGCUAUCCUGGUAAUUCCGGCGGAAGGAGUCUCCUUCGCCGAUAUGUACCGCCCGAUCAGGACCGCCCCUGCGCUGGAGGACGUGCAGAAGUUUAUCCGCAUCGGCAAGCGUACGCCGAAGGGGAACCUCCGGAUGGAGCUGACACGUGAGGUCGACUCUAAAGCGCUCUGCGAACGUAUCCAGGGCGUCCUCGGUGCCCUGGGGACGGCAAAGGUGCUGACGGAGAUGGCGGAGGUAAUCGUCCGCAAUGUCGACCACCUCACGCAGGAGGAGACUCUGAAGGAGGCACUACGAGGGGCUCUCGCUAAAGAGCCGACAGUGGCCUCCAUAAGGAUGUGGGAGCUGCCGGACGCCACCAAACGAGCUCGAAUUCGUCUGGCGCGGGCGGAGGCGGAAGCAAUCAUGGGCAGGACACAAGCCCUGCUCAUUGACCAUUCCGCCUGCCGGAUGGAGCGCGUUCCGAGGCUGGCGGCCUCUCAACGACGCUGCUUCCGCUGUCUCGAAAGAGGCCAUUUGGCGGCCUUCUGCACUGGCGUGGACAGGAGCCAGUGCUGCAUCAGAUGCGGCGAGAGCGGCCAUCGAGCAGCUCAGUGCAAAAAGGAAGUACGCUGUAUGAGGUGUGGCGGCCCUCAUCGCAUUGCCGCGCUCAGCUGCAGAGGAGGAGGACGGACGGGCGUGUGA